AUGGGCUCCAUCAGUGCAGCAAGCGGGGAAUUUUGUCUUGACAUAUUCAAGGAGCUGAAAGUCCAGCAUGUCAAUGAAAACAUCUUCUACUCCCCUAUGGUCAUCGUUUCAGCUCUAUCCCUGGUCUACCUGGGUGCAAGAGAAAACACCAGGGCUCAAAUAGAUAAGGUUAUACCUUUUGAUAAAAUCACAGGAUCUUCAGAGGCUGUUGAAUCUCAGUGUGGCACACCUGUAGGCGCCCACAUUUCACUUAAAGACGUCUUCGCCCAAAUCGCCAAACGAAGUGACAAUUAUUCACUCAGCUUUGUCAAUAGACUUUAUGCUGAAGAGACAUACCCAAUCCUUCCGGAAUACUUGCAAUGUGUAAAGGAACUGUAUAAAGGAGGUUUGGAAACUAUCAGCUUUCAAACAGCUGCAGAUCAAGCCAGAGAGAUCAUCAAUUCCUGGGUUGAAAGUCAGACAGAUGGAAAAAUAAAAAAUAUUCUUCAACCAAGCUCUGUGGAUCCCCAGACCAAAAUGGUCCUUGUCAGUGCCAUUUACUUCAAAGGAUUGUGGGAGAAAUCUUUUAAGGAUGAAGACACCCAGGCAGUGCCAUUCAGAGUCACUGAGCAAGAAAGCAAGCCUGUGCAGAUGAUGUAUCAGAUUGGUUCAUUUAAAGUGGCAGCUAUAGCUGCAGAGAAAAUUAAGAUCCUGGAGCUUCCAUAUGCCAGCGAGCAGCUGAGCAUGUUGGUGCUGUUGCCUGAUGAUGUCUCUGGCCUGGAGCAGCUUGAGAAGAAAAUCAGCUAUGAAAAACUCACGGAGUGGACCAGUUCUAGUGUGAUGGAGGAGAAGAAAAUUAAAGUGUAUCUCCCCCGCAUGAAGAUUGAAGAAAAAUAUAACCUUACAUCUAUCUUAAUGAGCUUGGGUAUCACCGACCUGUUCAGCUCAUCAGCCAAUCUCUCUGGCAUCUCCUCAACAAAGAGCCUGAAAAUGUCUGAAGCUGUCCAUGAGGCAUCUGUGGAAAUCUAUGAAGCAGGCAGUGAGGCGUCAGGCAUAACAGGAGAUGGGAUGGAAGCUACAAGUGUCUUUGGAGAGUUUAAGGUUGACCACCCUUUCCUCUUCAUGAUCAAGCACAAACCAACCAACAGCAUCCUCUUCUUUGGCAGAUGCAUUUCCCCUUAA